GUCAAGGUAAGGAAGGUACACACCAAGCUUGCUAGGUAAUCACCUUUAACAUCCCAUAGCUCCCUCGAUAUCCAUAUAGUCGAAACGGCACAACGUGAUACAUGCGAUACAGCGGACGCAUUCGGAAACUUGUCUGUAAAUGAGCUUAUUCCACCAUCUUCUCACCGCUGAUCAAGGUCACUGGGGGCAGUUCCCUCUCCGUCCAGGCGUUUGGGUGCCUACGCUAGGCGUAUCCCAAUGGAGUGGCGAUACAAACGACAUUGAUGGCCAACACGUAGCUUGUCUUUACCUCACCACCACUCUUUGAUCAGAAAUGUGGGUUAUGGAUUCCAAUUCAGAAGUAAGGGGAGGAUAUGAAAAUCUGCAGGAACAAAAGUCGUC